UGUUAUGUUAUUAAAAUCUUGAAAAUUAAAUAUAGAAUCUUGUGGACACCCUGUUCUUAUUUAAUAUACACAUUAAAUGAAAACUUGAAAGUUUGCAUGAGGAUAUAAAUGAAAUUAAUAAAAUGAAGUAGUAGCAUUUAUCCUAUUGCUACCCUAUUUAUUCAUUAGUAUUGUGAUGUGUAUGUGUGAAUGAAUUGUUGUACUGAUACUUAUGUCUUCUUGGUUGUUGUUAUUUGGCAUUAGUUGUUGGGGUCCUGUUUUUCCUGCCUCUUUCUUUGGACUCUCCAAUUAUCCCAAGCGUCAGUAAAAACUCAGUACAAAACAGGACCACCAAGAGUGGGGUGAUUUUGGUGGUGAAUUUGAUAUACUGUUGUUGGUGAAAGUGAAAAAAGGAAAAUAAUGGUAGGGGCUGGUUCUGGAGGAACUGGUUCAGUGCCAUCUUUGCCACCACCUCGUCCAAAAUCACCACCUCAGUAUCCAGAUUUGUAUGGCAAACGUAGAGAAUUGGCUAAAGUUCAGAUGCUUGAAAGAGAAAUUGGCUUUCUUGAGGAAGAACUGAAAUCCAUUGACGGCCUUCAACCUGCUUCUCGGUCCUGUAAAGAGGUGACAGAAUUUGUAUCGGACCAUUCAGAUCCUCUUAUACCAACAAUAAAGAAGAGUCAUAGGUGCUGUUGUUUCUGGAAACGGCUCUGUGGCUCAUCAUGUUUCAAUCUCUCGUGGAUUUGUUGCUGGUGCCGAUGUCCUCGUAUAAAGAUGCCGGACUGCUGUAACUGCAAUAUAUGUAACUGCUGCCCAUCUAUCAGUUGCUCAAUACCUAAGUGUCAAUGUUUCUCGUGUCCACGGUCUAAAUGCUGCUGCAGCAAGCCUGUUUGCAAAUGGAGUUGCUGUAGCUUAAAGUGUCCUUCCUGCUUUAGCUGCCCCUCUUGUAGCCCAUGUACAUGUACAUGUUCUUAUCCUAGAUGUCCAAAGUUAAAUUGUAGUUCCUGUUGUAAAAAUUGCUUGCGCUGCUUCUGCCCGUGCUACUUCUGUUAGUAGUCAGUACUAUUAAAUCAUGCAAUAAUUCCUAUAAGAAAGCUUGCUUCUAUAAAAUUGUGAAUAUUUUUGUCUGAAUAGCAUUUGGAUUUGGAGUU